AUGAACAACAAUAAUUUUCAACAGAACUUUAGAAUAGUCCAUAAAAUAGGAGAGGGGGCAUUUAGUACAGUGUACUUGGCAGAAAGGGAAGAGGGUAGAGGAAAGGUUGCAAUUAAGAAAAUUACACGUACCACGGCCUCUGGCAGGAUAGCUAAUGAACUUAAAAUUCUAAUGAGUCUGCAGGGAAUGAAGAAUGUUAUUGAAAUCAUUGACAUUUACCGGGAAGAAAAGGAAAUAUGCAUUGCAUUCCCAUAUAUAGAAAUGACUGACUUUAAAGAGAUGAUUAUAAAAUCAACCAUAUCAGAUAUAAAGUACUAUAUGUUUGAGCUGCUAACGGCCAUACAGGGCGUUCAUUCACAGAAUAUCAUCCACCGUGAUAUAAAGCCAAGCAACUUUCUGUAUAACUUACAGACAAAGACUGGGUGCUUAAUUGACUUUGGGCUUUCUCAGAGAAUAGAAAAAAAGGAAGGGGGCGAGGAUGCAAAGGAAGAAAGUGCUAAAAGAAGAAUGUUCUUUUUUAGCUCGCACAUAUGCGGGCAGAAUAAGCCUGUAAUGCCCAAAGCGCCUGGAUAUAUUGUUAGAGACACCCGGCCAACAAUGACAGCAUCUCGAUCAGGUACUCGUGGAUUUAAAGCCCCAGAGGUGUUAUUUCGGGUCGAAGCACAAAGCACUGCAAUUGACAUAUGGAGUGCCGGGGUGAUUCUUCUGUCUCUUUUAUGCAGAAAGUAUCCGUUCUUUACCUCUAAGGAUGAUAUAAAUACGUUGGUGGAGAUAGGAAGUAUAUUCGGAGAUGAAGAGAUGAGAAAAGCUGCAAAGUUUUACAAAAGAAUAUGGAAAAGCAAUAUAGAAGCGUGCAUGCAUCCGGCAGUUUCCUUUCAGAAAAUAGUAGAGAUAGCAAAUAAGAAGGAUGCGCAGUUUCCAAGUUCUGUCUUUGACCUGCUAGAAAAGAUGCUUAGGCUAAAUUCAUCUGAGAGAAUAACAGCAGAUGAAGCACUUCGGCACAAAUUUUUUAGCGAUUAACAUACUCCAAUAAGUAUCUGUGCAUAUUCGGGCUAUUACUUUAUUAUCAGU